AUGUAUUCUUCUUAUAGGUUUGAAAUUAUAACAUGGGAAAUCUUUUAAGACUUUUGUCAAGAGAUGAUAAUCCAAAAUAUGAUGUAUUUGUAGAUUUUGAAAAUGCUCAGCCGACAGAAAUAGAACGGGAGUCAUAUGAAAUAGUUGAUGAGGUGUUACAGUAUUCUAAAGAUAUUUUACAAGAACUUCAAACAUAUAAAGGAGCUGUCAAUGAAAUUCGAGAAGCUAUUACAAAUCCUCGUAAUGAAUUAUACCAAGCAAAAGCUUGGGAAGCAGUCCUUCCUUUAGUAUCAAAGUUAAAAAGAUUUUAUGAAUUUUCACAACAAAUAGAUGAAGUAGUUCCUCGUAUUUUGUGGGAGCUGUGUUCGGGCCCACUUCCUCCUGCUCAGCAUCUGCAUACACAACAAGCACUAGUCAAACAAUUUGCAGAAAUAUUAGACUUUGUGUUAAAGUUUGAUGACCUAAAAAUGACAAAUCCAGCCAUUCAGAAUGAUUUUAGUUAUUAUAGAAGAACAGUCAGUCGGCUACGGUUAGCAAAUCAGGAGCCAAUUGAUGAAGAACUUGAAGUGCCGAAUGAAUUAGCAAAUAAAAUGUCAUUAUUCUAUGCUCAUGCAACUCCAAUGUUGAAAGUCCUUAGUGAUGCAACAAUGCGUUUUGUUGCUGAAAACAAGGAUCUGCCUAUUGAAAACACUACAGAAACCCUAGGCACUAUGGCUAAAGUGUGUCAGAGGAUGAUAGAAAACAGGGAGUUUUGCAGUCGUUUUAGAAAUGAAGAAACAAUACUGUUUGUCUUGAGGGUGAUGGUUGGUUUAAUCAUUUUAUAUGAUCAUGUUCACCCAGUUGGAGCCUUCGCAAAAUCUGCACACAUAGAUGUCAAAGGAUCCAUAAAAGUUCUGAAAGAUCAGCCACCUAAUGUUGUUGAAGGUCUUCUUAAUGCCCUCAGAUAUACUACAAGACAUCUGAAUGAUGAGUCAACUCCAAAGCAUAUCAAAAGCUUAUUAGCUUGAAUUCUACUGGCAACUUUCUCACAAAAUAUGCUCACUUUUCCUUAAAGGAGGUGUUGCUAACAGCUAGAAGAAAUGGCAUCUCCCUGUACACUGAAAAGAGUUUAGAAACUGAAUGUGAAUACUAUGUUAAAAGCUUCUGUGUAACAAAUGUGUUGCAUUCUUGGAUAUACAUGAUUAUGCCUUCAAGAGUCGUACACAUCUGCAUUAUCAUAGCAUAAAGCAAUCUUGUGCAUUUUUCUUUUGCUUCAUUUUUUCCCCCUGAAAAGUUUCAUGCAUUUAAUUGACAAAUACUGAAUUAUUGUUGCAUUUGUUUUAAUGCUGUGGCUGCAAAGGCAUGCAAGUGAAGUGUAUAUAUGCUGAUAGUAUUUAUUUUUAGAAAAUUAACUUUGCUUCUUGCAUAUUCUUGUAAAAUUAUGUGGUAAUAAACAUCUUUUUUAAAUUUC